UUGAAUAAUAUUUAACAAACAUUUAUUACAAAAAUGAAUGCAGCAUUUUCUUGUGCAGCAAACACUUGCAUCAAAGCAAGAAACAGUACAUUCUUGUCAAAGAAGAAGCAACGAAGAACAAGUCCGAGAGCCGAAGUAACCGUAGCUAUUACGAAUAAAACGAAAGAGAGUUCUUCUCCGACACAACUAUCGCUUCAUGGGAUUUCUUGCACUGAUUUGUUCGUACACGAAAUAGUCCAACGACAACAGUCGCAGAAGAUCGGCUCGUCGGAUUUCGAUAUCCGUACGACGAGGCCUAAUUUCCAUCCUAUGUUUCUUGACGAAGCGUACGAAAGAUGCAGGGAUAUUUGUGCUGAAUAUGCAAAGACAUUCUACUUAGGAACACUGUUGAUGACUGAGGAAAGACAGAAAGCAAUAUGGGCUAUUUAUGGUAUAACUUUAUAAUUCUUGAAUGUUUCCUAAUUUGCCUAUGUUUAAGUACACUUGGAUAAUGUUUUAUUUAUUUAUUUAUUUUUGUUUGUUUCGAUUCGAUGUAGUGUGGUGCAGGAGAACAGAUGAACUAGUUGACGGUCCAAACGCGGCCCACCACAGCUCGUCCGUUCUAGAAAGAUGGGACGAGAGAUUAGACGAUAUCUUCAAUGGCCGCCCUUACGAUAUGCUCGACGCUGCACUUACUGAUACCGUCCACAACUUCCCUUUAGACAUUAAGGU